ACCCAGCUAUUGCGAUAAUAUUGAAAAAUCUCUUGUCUCAAUAAGACCAUUCAAUAAUCAACAGAUGUAGAGCGAGGAAGCGGCAGAAGGAGAAAUUGGGGAAAUCAAUUAGGGCCUGGCUCAAUGCAAUACUCACAUUUUCGAAACUAAAGAGACCCAUUUCUCUAAAUUAAUUCGAUGGCCGAUCACUCAGACGCUUCGCCUCUCAUCCCUCCGAAGCAGAUCACCGAGCCUAGCGAGAUCGACCUCGAGGCUGGCCCUGGCGAACAAAUCCAGUGCCGUAUUUGCCUUGAAAGUGAUGGCAGGGACUUCAUUGCUCCGUGCAAGUGCAAGGGGACUUCCAAGUAUGUCCACCGGGAGUGUUUGGAUCAUUGGAGAGCUAUAAAGGAAGGGUUUGCAUUUGCUCAUUGUACAACCUGCAAGGCUCCUUAUCACUUGAGAGUUCAUGUUGUUGCUGACAGAAAAUGGCGAACCUUGAAAUUCCGAUUCUUUGUGACGAGGGACAUUAUAUUUAUAUUUCUGGCCGUUCAGCUUGUGAUUACUUCAUUGGCCUAUUUGGCUUAUUCAAUAGAUGGUUUCCAGCAAUUCUGGCUUCAUCUUGCAUGGGGUUUUGACAGCAAGCUUAGUUUCUACUAUAUAUGCGGAGCUUUGUUGUUUUUCGCUUUGCUUGGGUUGUCUGGCUGCUUCAUUACUUGUUAUGACCGUAGAGUGCGCAAUGAUUUGGCUCAGCCAUGUCGUGAAUUAUGCCUUUGUUGCUGUCAGCCUGGUGUGUGCGCAGACUGUCAUUUACCUGGAACACUUUGUAUGUGGACUGACUGUACUACAUGCUGGGGAAGCUGUGCAAGUAUGGCAGGUGAAUGUGGUUGCUUGGGAGGCGCUGGUGAAGCAGGGCUACCAAUAUUAUUUAUAAUGGCUCUGAUUGUACUGGGACUUUUUACCGUGAUUGGGAUAUUCUACAGUGUCCUGGUAGCUACAAUGGUUGGACAACGGAUUUGGCAGCGGCAUUAUCAUAUACUUGCAAAAAGGAUGCUGACAAAAGAAUAUGUUGUCGAGGAUGUUGAUGGUGAGAUGACAGGAUCUGAUUGGUCUGCCCCUCCUCUCCCACCUGAGCAUAUUCAGCAGCUGAAAGCGCUCGGCCUAUUAUAGAUGAAGAGGGCUUGUUUACUGUUUAGCAAAAUAACAUGAUAUUGAGAAAGACUGCCUGCCUCUGCAUUUGGUGAGUCAAGUAUUUUUCCUAUAGACUUCUGAGUCUCAUUCACUUUGAUCCAAAAACGGUUGAUCGUCCCGUAGCCAUUUCUUCCUGUUCAGUUAUAUUUGUAAAUUUUUGUACGAGAAUAUGUGAAAUGGUACUGCCUUUCUUUUUUCAGUGUAAGAAAUCAAGAUUAGGAUAAUCUCAAAGUAACUAACAUGUAUAGGAUUGAUGUUUUCAAGCCGUAAGGAUAGUACGCGGUGACUUUCUCGCAUUUUUGUUUGGGGGAAUGACUGAAUGCUAUCUUGUGUUAAAACAUUUUUAUUGCUUAUGUUAUCUUGUGGUUUUAUGUU